AUGGAGGCUAUGGAUUCCACGCGUGCAUUUGUCAAAGACGUUAGGCGUGUCAUCAUCAAGGUUGGAACUGCUGUGGUCACGCGAGCUGAUGGUAGAUUAGCACUUGGAAGAUUAGGAGCACUAUGUGAGCAGAUUCAGGAAUUAAACUCUCAGGGAUAUGAGGUUAUUUUGGUGACAUCAGGUGCUGUUGGUGUCGGCCGCCAACGCCUUAGAUACAGGAGAUUGAUUAACAGCAGCUUUGCUGACCUCCAGAAACCACAGAUGGAACUCGAUGGGAAGGCUUGUGCGGCUGUUGGACAGAAUGGUCUCAUGGCUCUCUAUGAUACUUUGUUCAGCCAGUUGGAUAUGUCAUCAGCACAGCUUUUAGUUACUGACAAUGAUUUUAGAGAUCUAGAUUUUAGGAGACAACUUAAUGAGACUGUAAAGACUUUGGCAUCUCUGAAGGUUAUUCCUAUAUUUAAUGAAAAUGACGCUGUCAGUACCAGGAAAGCUCCUUACGAGGACUCUUCUGGAAUAUUUUGGGAUAAUGACAGUUUAUCUGCUCUACUGGCACUGGAACUGAAAGCUGACCUCCUUAUUCUGUUGAGUGAUGUAGAGGGUCUCUACAGCGGCCCUCCAAGCGAUCCAAAUUCUGAGCUGGUUCAUACUUACAUUAAGGAAAGGCAUGAAGGAGUAAUAACUUUUGGAGACAAGUCUAGGGUGGGAAGAGGGGGCAUGACUGCUAAAGUAAAAGCUGCUGUUUAUGCUGCUCAUGCUGGGAUCCCUGUUGUUAUCACCAGUGGCUUUGCUGCUGACAAUAUAUUGAAAGUAUUAAAUGGGAAGCGAAUUGGUACGCUAUUUCAUCGGGAUGCUAAUAAAUGGGGUCCAUUUGGAGAAGUGGGUUCUAGAGAAAUGGCAGUUGCAGCUAGGGAAAGUUCUAGAAGACUGCAGGCCUUGUCUUCACAAGAAAGGAGUAAAAUUUUGACGGAUAUCGCUGAUGCACUGGAAGCAAAUGAGAAACUAAUUAUUGCUGAGAAUGAAGCUGAUGUUGCUGAGGCGCAGCAAGCUGGAUAUGAAAAAUCAUUGGUAUCUAGGCUAGCCUUGAAGCCUGGUAAGGUUUCAAGUCUUGCAAAUGCUAUUCGUGUGCUUGCAAACAUGAAGGAGCCGGUUGGUCGUGUGGCCAAGAGAACAGAGCUCUCAGAAGGAUUCAUAUUGGAGAAGUUGUCAUCUCCCUUGGGUGUUCUUUUGAUUAUUUUUGAGUCUCGACCUGAUGCAUUAGUUCAGAUAGCUUCAUUAGCAAUUAGAAGUGGGAACGGGCUUCUGUUAAAAGGGGGAAAGGAGGCCAGAAGAUCAAAUGCAAUUUUGCACAAGGUAAUCACUUCAGCCAUCCCAAAAAAUGUUGGCGAGGGACUCAUUGGACUGGUGACUUCUAGAGGAGAGAUCCCUGAAUUGCUGAAGCUGGAUGAUGUGAUUGAUCUUGUGAUACCAAGAGGCAGCAAUAAACUUGUUUCUCAAAUCAAGGCUUCAACAAAAAUUCCAGUUCUUGGUCAUGCUGAUGGAAUAUGUCACGUGUAUGUAGACAAGUCUGCCAAUAUGGAUAUGGCAAAACAGAUUGUUUUGGAUGCAAAAACAGAUUAUCCAGCAGCCUGCAAUGCAAUGGAAACACUUCUUGUUCACAAGGAGUUGGUACAGACUGGUGCCCUGAACGACAUUAUUAUGGAACUUCAAGUCAAAGGUGUUGCAAUAUUUGGUGGACCUCGGGCGAGCUCUUUACUGGAUAUUCCAGAGGCACAUUCAUUGCAUCAUGAAUACAGUUCGCUCGCUUGCACUGUUGAAAUUGUUGAUGAUGUAUAUGCUGCCAUUGAUCAUAUACAUCAGCAUGGGAGUGCACAUACUGACUGCAUCAUUACAGAAGACCGUGAAGUUGCAGAAGUCUUUUUAAAUGGAGUUGACAGUGCUGCUGUUUUCCAUAAUGCAAGUACGAGAUUUUGUGAUGGCUUCCGUUUUGGACUAGGUGCAGAGGUUGGGAUUAGUACAAGUCGGAUUCAUGCACGUGGUCCCGUAGGUGUUGAAGGAUUGCUAACGACGAGAUGGAUCGGAAGAGGAAGUGGACAAGUUGUGAAUGGUGAUAAAUGGCUGGUUUACACUCACAAGGACCUAUCUUUGCAGGAUUGA